GUUCCCCAGUAGCCGGUUUCCGCCGGAAAAGGUUCCGUCCCGGUACAGACGGAUCAGUCUCUUCUCUCUCUCGGUUCGGUAGCGCUCCACUGAUCCGGUACAGAACCGGAUCGACACCGAAGCUGUACGAUAAACUCCUGUCCGGUUUUGUCAAUAGGUGUUGCGUCUCGAUGCAGAUGCUCCGGGUGAAAUGAAUAAGCCUCUGUCAGGACCCCCCUCUGGCCCUCCCCACCCCUCCGCACCCUCCCCGGGCCUGUCCCAGCCCAGUUAUCCUCCCGGCCCUCCUUCCGUUGUGUUCGGCACUCCUCCGCCACAGAUGAACCCCACCGCACCACCCCGACAGUUUGCCUCAGGUCCUAGAGCUUUACCACAACAGGGAGGAUUCAGGUCAUUGCAGCCGUACUACAGUCGGCCCACUUUACCCCCCAAUUCUGGGCGUGUUCAGCCAAGCUCCGCCCCUCGCUCUAUCCCCCCUCCACACGGUGCACGCCCCCCUCAUGUAUUCCAGCCAAGCCCCUCCCAGAUGAUGAUGAUACCCCAGCAACCAAUCAGCUUCGCGAACUCGCAAGGUGCCGCCUACUAUAUACCUGGCCAGUACCGCCCCUCAUACGUGACCCCUCAGCAGUAUCAGGUGGCCGGAUCUCCUGGUUUCUAUCCUGGCACAAGCCCGGCUGAUUACGCUGGGGCAUAUUACCCUGCCCAGCCCCAGUUCACGCCACCUGUUGCCCAUGCGCCUGUUGUCUUGAGCCCCGCCCCCCAGCAGCAACCGGCCCCGCCUCCUCCACAGCAGCAAGCCCCACCCAAACGGGAGCGUAAGCAGAUAAGAAUCAGAGACCCUAAUCAGGGCGGUCGUGACAUCACAGAAGAGAUCAUGUCAGGAGGUCGCAGUGGCUUGACACCCACACCUCCACAGUCACUGCUACCCGGCUUGGACAUCGAUGUCAUCACACAGCCCAACGGUGACAACCCCAUACCUGCGGUCGUCAUGACAACCAGAGCGGAGUUUCCCAUCCCUCCAGGUGAAAGCCCUCUUCCUGAUGCCCCACCCACUCCGCCUCCCACCAGUCCAAUAAGUGACUUGGUAGAUGCUCCGCCCCCUGCCGAUGUGACUCCCGGUGCUGUGGACACACAUACGGAAGUGAAAUGGCAAGGGGGUAUUACAGCGGUAUCCGCCCCCUCUAGUUCUAACGGUGCAGAAGCCACACCCUUUAAAGAUAAAGAGGAGGGGCUUGUGACUGUCACCCUGCCUGUGUGCAUCUCCCGGGCGGAGCCAGCGCUUCAAUCUCCCAUAGUGCAGCCUGAAGAGCUACAAAUGUUUAACGGCGUACCAGCAGGGGGCGCCCACACUCAAGGCGACUACCAAGACAUCAGCCCUAUCGCCGAGCCUGACAUUACUAAAGAAGCUCCACCGGUUACCGUGGAAAUGCCUGACAGGACUCUCAAGGCAACACCUGUUGUUAUAAAUACUCCCCCUCAGGUUGUCAAAGAGACUCCCAUUCAGGUUGCUGAGGAAGUGCCCAUUCCUCCAUUUUUCAAGGAGACUCCCGCUCCUGUUGUCAAGCAGAUUUCUCCUGUGGUUGCCAAGGAAAUGCCUACACCAGUUCCUACACCGGUUGAAGAGGAAGCCGCUCCGCAGGUUACCCGGGAGGCUGUUGUCAAGGAAACACCUGUCGUCAAGGAAAAACCUGUUGUUAAGGAGACACCUGUUCCGAGUACUAAGCAAACCCCGGAAACUGUUGUUAGCAACCCGCCUCCGUCUGUUGUCAAAGAAACACCUUCACAUGCUGCCAAGGAAACACCUGAACCAGUCGUCAAGGAAACCACUGCCCCCUCAGAGGUUGUUGCGGAAGUCUCUAAAGCCACGCCCGCUUCAAUAGAGGAGCGGGAGGACACGCCCACUCCACAUACCACUCCCUCCGAGAGUACUAUGCAAGCGGUUUCUGUGCCAAAGAAGAAGAGAAAAAUGAAAGAUCUUAACAAAAAGGAGGCGGGCGAUGUACUUGAUGCCUUUAAAGAGCCCACGCCCCCUGAGCCAGUGGCCACACCCCCAGUGAAGGUGGAGCCAGAGAGCACUGCCCCGGUGGCCCCGCCCCCUGCAGAAGCAGCAGAUGAGACCUGGGAGGAGAAAGAAGAUAAACUCGAUGCUGAAAACAUCAAUCCGCGGAGCCCCACCCCCGACACGCCCACUGAACAGAAAUACCAGUACAAAGCAGAACAAUGGAAACCUCUGAACCCAGAGGAGAAGAAGAAAUACGAUCGAGAGUUUCUGCUCGGCUUCCAGUUCAUCAGUGCCAGCAUGAACAAACCUGAGGGACUUCCACAAAUCUCAGAUGUAGUUCUGGACAAGGCCAAUAAAACACCUUUGAGGCAGUUGGAUCCGAGUCGUUUGCCUGGAAUGAACUGCGGCCCAGAUUUCACACCUUCAUUCGCCAACCUCGGCCGCCCGUCAGUCGGGGGGCGUGGCCCGCCGUCCGGUCUGAGCGGCCCUCGCCGUUCCGGUCAGGGCCAGCGCGGGAAAGAGCCACGUAAGAUCAUCGCGAGCGUUUCCCUGAACGAGGACGUACAGUUGAAUAAAGCGGAGAAGGCUUGGAAGCCGUCUGUGAAGCGCGCCGGUCAGAGUGAUGAAGACGCCGCUGAUGGUCUAAAGACACAAGAGCUGUUCAAACGCGUUCGCAGCGUGUUAAAUAAACUGACGCCGCAGAUGUUCCAGUCGCUCAUGAAGCAGGUGACCGAGCUGAGCAUCGACACGGAGGAGCGGCUGAAGGGGGUCAUCGACCUCAUCUUUGAGAAAGCCAUCUCUGAACCGAACUUCUCAGUCGCUUACGCCAACAUGUGCCGCUGCCUGAUCGGGCUGAAAGUUCCCACGUCAGAUAAACCUGGAGUGACAGUGAAUUUCAGGAAGUUGUUGCUGAAUCGUUGUCAGAAAGAGUUUGAGAAGGACAAAGACGAUGAUGAAACGUUUGAGAAGAAACAGAAAGAGCUGGACGCUGCCACAGGGGAGGAGGAGAGGCAAAGGUUGAAGGAGGAGCUCGAAGACGCCAAAGACCAAGCCCGGCGACGGUCGCUAGGCAACAUCAAGUUCAUUGGCGAGUUGUUUAAAUUGAAGAUGUUAACGGAGACCAUCAUGCACGAUUGUAUUGUUAAACUGCUGAAGAAUCACGAUGAGGAGAGUUUAGAGUGUCUCUGCCGACUGCUGUCAACCAUCGGGAAAGAUCUGGACUUCGAGAAGGCAAAGCCGAGAAUGGAUCAAUAUUUUAACCAGAUGGAGAAAAUUAUUAAGGAGAGGAAAACCUCUUCCAGAACUCGUUUCAUGUUGCAGGACGUUCUUGAUUUACGACGGAAUAACUGGGUCCCGCGCAGAGGAGAUCUGGGGCCGAAGACGAUUGAGCAGAUCCACAAGGAGGCGGAGCUUGAAGAGCACAGAGAACAGGCCAAGGUUCAACAGCAGCUGCUGUCUAAGAAGGAUGGCCGUGGUGGAGGAGGUGGAGGAGGAGGAGGAGGGGUCGGUGGCCCGGGGCCCCGCGGUGGACCGCAUGCACCUGGUUCCCGUGGCAACCAGGCCCCUGACGAUGGCUGGAACACGGUGCCCAUUUCCACCAAAAACAGGCCAAUCGAUCCCACACGACUCAGCAAGAUCACCAAGCCGGGUGCUUUGGACUUCAAUAACCAGCUUCUCGCCCCAGGGGGUAAAGGAACAUGGGGCAGUUGGGGCAAAGGGAGUAGCGGAGGCUCGGGAGCCAAACCCAGUGACAGUGGUGAGGGAUCUCAGGAUUCUGGUCGCACGAGCACUCUGAAUCGAUUCUCAGCACUUCAGCAAUCUUCCUCAUCCUCCUCAUCCUCUUCUGCCAACAUCGACUCUGACAGGAGGGUCCCUAACAGGAAUAGCUCCAGUCGGGAACGUAGCGAUCGUUUCGAUCGGCGUGAUGAGCGCAUGGACAGGGGUGGCGACCGUUACGAUCGCCGUGACGACCGCGGAUCAGACCGGCUGGACCGGAAUCGUCCCGCGGUCAGCAAGCGAAGUUUCAGUCGCGAGAAGGAAAGGAGCCGGGAGCAAGACCAGCGUCCUGCUGAAACGGUCCGCCGCGUGUCCAGCAUGAUGGACGAACGCGAGAGAGAAAGAGAACACGCUAGCCGCGAGAAUGUGAAGAGAGAGACUGUACCGACUCCUCCACCCAUUUCUUCUAAACCUGCCCUGACAGAAGAAGAACUGGAGAAGAAAUCAACUGCCAUCAUAGAGGAGUACUUGCACAUCAAUGACAUGAAGGAGGCCCUGCAGUGCAUCAGUGAGCUGAACUGCCCGUCUCUGCUUUCUGUAUUUGUGCGGACGGGAAUAGAGUCGACACUGGAGCGCAGCACUGUCACCAGAGAGCACAUGGGUUUACUGUUUCACCAACUCGUCAAAACACAAACACUGUCAACACAACAAUACUUCAAAGGGCUGUUGGAGGUGCUGGAGGUGGCAGAGGACAUGGCUAUAGAUAUUCCUCACUUCUGGCUGUAUCUGUCAGAACUGAUCUGCCCCAUGCUGCAUGAGGGGGGCAUUCCCAUGGGCUCACUGUUCAGGGAGGUGUCUAAGCCACUGUUGCCUCUGGGUAAAGCUGGAGUUUUACUGGCACAGAUCCUCAACCUGCUCUGCAAAGUAAUGAGUCAUAAGAAGGUGGGACAAAUGUGGAGGGAGGCGGGGCUUAGCUGGAAAGACAUCCUGCCGGAAGACGAGGACGUCAAUAAGUUUGUCACUGAAAAGGGAGUAGAAUUUACUCUUGGAGACGAGUGUGUGAAGACGAGCAGUAAAUCGUCUCUGAGUUCAGAAGAGAUCUCGAGAGAACUCGAGCGACUGCUACAAGAGAAAGUCAAUAACCAGCGGAUCUUUGACUGGGUCGAGGCUAACCUGGAUGAGCAGCAAAUGACAUCCAACACGUUCAUCCGAGCGCUGAUGACGGCAGUCUGUCAGUCUGCCAUCAUCUGUGAGAACCCAUAUAAAGUAGACACUAAAGAAAUUACCCAGAGGGCCAAGCUGCUGCAACACUAUCUAAAAGACGAACAGAAAGAACUGCAGGCGCUGUACGCUCUCCAGGGUCUCAUGGUUCAAAUGGAGCAACCGCCGAAUUUGCUGCGUAUGUUUUUUGACGUGUUGUAUGACGAGGACGUCAUAAAAGAGGACGGCUUUUAUAAGUGGGAGUCGAGCAAAGACCCCGCGGAACAGCUGGGCAAGGGUGUCGCCCUCAAAUCGGUCACCGCCUUCUUUACCUGGCUGCGCGAAGCUGAGGACGAAUCAGACAACAGCUAGAUCUCUGGCCACGCCCACAGCAGAGAAUGUUUGACAUGGAGUACAAUGGAUUUGGGGGAAAAAAGCCUUUGUGAGAUUUUCAAUAUUAGGACAAGUGUUUGUUUGUUUGUUUGCUUUUGUUUAGUCUUUGUUUGCACAAGGAAAUGCCGUUGAACUGAAACUAAAUUCAUUAUGACGAGUAUUAGAGGAGAACAAGCCUUACCUGCUCACCACAGUCAUGGAGUUUUAGCCGUUAGCAUUGCUGCUUGCUAUUUCGUGCUCCUGCUGCCGUGGAGACGGACGUUAAUGACAUCAUGGAAUCAUCCGUUUAUGAUGUCACUCCCUGGUGAUGGAAAGCUGCUCAGAGUUCUAUUUUUUUGUUCGGAAACCCUUUAUAUUCAUCAUCGCUGUUCGAGUUUUGGGUGGACCAGGUGAUCGCGUGCGAGGAGGAUUGCUGUUUCGUUUUGGCUUUUUUUUUUUUUGUUUAGUGGAGUGAUUUGAGGUCCUUGCUUUUUCUACUUUUUUAUGAUGGAAAAUCAAAAAAAUAAAUGCAAGUUGUGUUCUGGGCGAUGCGUGCGCGGGAACGCGCUGCAGACGUGAACUUUGACGUUUUUGCUGCUGCUCACCGGGGGGGGGGGGGGACGUUUCCGCCGGUCUGACCUGAUAUACAGUUCCCUUACACAACAAACUUAAUGGUAAAAAUAAAAAAAUGUCCAAAAAUAAAAAGGGCCGGAGUCUUUGAAGAGGAGAGAUUGUGGAUGUUUACCACGCCUUGUGCACCUGUAGUGGACUUAUGAAAUAAAUCAUUAUUAUAGCUUAAAAAAAUAGAGAGAGAGAAAUAAACUCUUUAAAAAUGUUUAGGAGGAAAUAAAAAAAUACAGAAAGCUGGAGAAUGAGAGAAUUUGAAUACUACAUGCCUUCUGGGCUUCCUGGAGUGGAGAUGCAUUUCAGGAGCGCCCUGUAAAUAAAUAUUUUCUUUUUGUUUUGUUUUUCAAUAAUAGAAAUGCUAACUUUAAUGCCAUGUAUUAAUUGUUUUGGCUUUUUUUUUCUGUAUUUAAAUUUGUGUUUUUCUUUACGGUUUAACCACCCGGCUUGUACAAUUAUUCUCCUCUAGUUGAUUAUAGUUUAAUGAAAUUAU